AUGAUCUUUAUUUGCAGACACGUUUGUUUUGAGAUGAAGAUCCCAGUACGGGCCGUUGGACGUUGGACGGAAUAUUCUCCAACCGUAGGAUCUCACUGGAUUGAGCUACGGACGCCCACAGUCAACAAGGCAGAUCACAGGAAGUGCCCAUUCGUUGGAUUGAAGAGCACCCCCGAACAAGUCGGGACGCCGAGAUGA